AUGAGUGAAAGGGUGGGCGUAUCCUCAAAACGGUGCAUUUUUUCGAGUAGGUGUGAAAGUGUAAUGGGGUGUGUGGAAGGGUGCAUGGAAGGGUGCAACAAUGAUGAAGGGAAUUAUCCAAUCAUUCUCCAUAAAAUUUCACUCACUCGCUUCACUGAAACUCCCUUGCAUAUCUCAGCUUUGCUUGGUCAUGUUGAGUUCACCAAAGCUAUUGUGAGCCAAAAGCCUCAACUUGUCACAGAGUUGGACUCUUUCAAACGCUCACCUCUUCACUUGGCUGCUGCUGAGGGCCACGGUGAAAUUGUCAAAGAGCUGUUAAUAGCAAAUAAGGAUGUGAGUAUGGUUGCUGACCAAGAGGGGAGAAUUCCUCUCCAUUUGGCUGCAAUGAGAGGGAGAGUUGAGGUGAUACAAGAGCUUAUAAGUGCAAAACCUGAGUCAAUUCUUGUGCAAAUCCAUGGAGAAACAGCUCUACAUUUAUGUGUUAAGCAUAAUCAUUUGGAUGCACUCAAAGUAUUGGUGUCAUCAGUUGAUGAUGAGGAGUUUCUCAAUUCCAAAAACCUUGAAGGGAACUCUAUCUUGCAAGUAUUUGCUAUAUUACCACUAGCCUUCGAUGGAAUCUGCAGAAAUGACACAAUUCAAAGGAAUUUACAGAACAAUCUCAUCAAAGAAACAACCACCAAAGCUAAAACCAUCCAAGCACCCCAAAAAUUUAAAUCAAUAAUAACAUCAUUCUUCAAAUGGAGAAGGCUCAGCAAGCACAAGAGCGAUCGCUAUGAAGGAACAAGAGGCAACUUGAUGGUGGUGGCCACUUUGAUUGCCACCAUGAGUUUCCAGAUUACAACAAAUCCACCAGGUGGCUACUGGCAAGAAGACACCGAUCAUUCGAAAGCUAAAACCUGCCCAAAGCGGGUAAUUUGCAGAGCUGGAACUGCAAUUCAUGCACACACUGAUGAGUACUACUACUUAACAAUCGCGAGCACAAUCUCAUUCUCGGCAUCGCUCAGCAUAAUUUUGUGGCUCAUUAGUGGAGUUGCUCUCAGGAAUAGAGUUUCUGUGGGAAUUUUGGAGGUAAAAAUGUGGGUUGCGUUGCUCUUUGUUGCCUAUGCAUACGCUCUCUCAAUAAGCUUGAUUUUGCUUGUGGGUGUUGAAGAAGCUGAUUUUGUGGCUAAAUGGUGCUGUUUUAAGAAGAAAAAACAGCUUGAUCAGCCUAUGUUGAUGCAGAAUGGUCCAUUCAUUCUCCAUAAAAUUUCACUCACUCCCUUCACUGAAACUCCCUUGUACAUCUCAGCUUUGCUUGGUCAUGUUGAGUUCACCGAGGCUAUUGUGAGCCAAAAGCCUCAACUUGUCGCAGAGUUGGACUCUUUCAAACGCUCACCUCUUCACCUGGCUGCUGCUGAGGGCCACAGCGAAAUUGUCAAAGAGCUGUUACUAGCAAAUAAGGAUUUGAGUAUGUUUACUGACCAAGAGGGGAGAAUUCCUCUCCAUUUGGCUGCAAUAAGAGGGAGAGUUGAGGUGACAAAAGAGCUUAUAAGUGCAAAACCUGAGUCAAUUUUUGAGCCAAUCCGUGGAGAAACAGCUUUACAUUUGUGUGUUAAGCUCAAUCAUUUGGAUGCAGUCAAAGUAUUGGUGUCAUCAGUUGAUGAUGAGGAGUUUCUCAACUCCAAAAACCUUGAAGGAAACUCUAUCUUGCAAGUAUCUACUAUGUUGCAGCAGUAUGAGUCAUAA